AUGGACCAAGUUUGGCAGUGCAAGUUUGUGAAGAGUGAGUGCCACGACCCUCUUGAAACUUCAAGUUUGUUUGCUACUUCGACGGGCUGGGGCAAGUUGGGGCCCACUGCAUCUGAGAGGUGCCAAGCUGCCAUGCAGAACCCUGUGCCUGGCAUCAACUACUUCAUGACACUGGCCCCGAUGAUUUCUUACCGAUUUCAUCUUGUCGGCCAUUGCCCUGAGGGACUGACUUUGUGCAGGUUCCGCACUGAUCUAGCAGCUGGGGUUCGGUGCAUCGCGAAGCCUUUGAACAAAGCCACCUCGCAGAUCAGCGUGGACGUGGUCCCUGAUGUCUUCAGCAGCCACUGCACAGUCCACUUCUACUCUAUGGGCGGAGACGAGAAACUGGUCAUUCGCAACAAGACCAUCAUGUCCAGAUGGGGUCCUGUCCUCAAAGAUGCUGCAAAACAGAUGGGAAGAACCAACCUUGAAUAUCGCUAUAUCAAGUUCAUUACCAUGGAGGGAGUGGAGAUCAAGGACAACUACCAUUAUUGGAAGCUUGGUGAUGAUUUGCGUAGGUCUGUGCAACAGGCCAGCAAAAUGGUCCGUAGCAAGUUUUCCAAGAAGUGA